AAAAAAUGGCACGUUCUGUACAACCUGUAGAUGAAAAUCAUCUUGAAAAAACUGUGAAGUUGCUCACUUUCAAUACUUGGGGUCUCAAGUAUGUCUCUAAACUUAGAAAGGAACGUCUUAGAGCAAUUGCGGACAAAUUGGCCACAGAGCAAGAUGGCGACUACGAUAUAGUUGCCUUACAAGAAAUUUGGGUAGAGGAAGACUGGAAAUAUAUUGAAGAGAGAUGUAAAAAGCAAUUCCCAUAUCGUAGAAUAUUUAAAUCAGGGAUUAUAACUGGACCAGGUUUGGCAUUAUUGUCUAAAAUUCCGAUAGAAUCAACUUUUUUGUAUAGAUUCCCAAUCAAUGGUAGACUGUCUGCAUUCUUCCGAGGAGAUUGGUACGUCGGGAAAGGAAUUGCAGUUACACUCCUCAAACCACAUACCCCGGGAUCAACCCCAAUUGCAUUAUUAAACUCGCAUAUGCAUGCUCCAUAUUCCCACACUGGUGAUAGUAGUUAUGCUUGUCAUAGAUCUUGUCAAGCUUGGGAUUUUGUAAAGAUUGUCAAGAUGUUGAAAAAAUCAGGAUAUGCAGUAAUCCAAGUUGGAGACUUAAACUCAAAACCAGGUUCAUUGCCAUACAAGUUAUUUACCAUAGAAGGAGGUUUGGUAGAUUCAUGGGAACUGAUAUAUGGUGCAAACGCAAAUGAUGAGAUUAUUGAACCCGAAGAAAUUGGGACCAUGACUUUUGAAGAUCAGAUCUUGAUUGGGGGUGUUACGUGUGAUUCUAAAUUGAAUACUUGGAGAGCUAAUAGACAACCUUGGGAAGCUUGUCGUCUAGAUUAUGCACUUGUAGAUUCAACGCAUAUAUCAACUGUGAAUGCACAAGUUCGUUUCACUGAACGACUUGAACCUCCUUAUAAUUGUUCCUAUUCUGAUCAUUUUGCAUACAGUGCCGAGUUCUUGAUCAAAGCUCUGGAUAACCUGAGAAUUUCAAAACUGGCAUUUAGUUCUUCUGAAAGAAUAGAUGUUUUUAAAGAGUUCUUACUUAAUCUUCAAGAAUACCAACGUUAUACAAUUCCGGAACAAACCAAUUGGAGACGAUUUCAUUUUUUUGCAGGUAUUAUUACAUUAAUCAUUUUCCAUUUCCUCAUGCCUUGGUGUGCAAAGAUAAGUCCAUAUUUGGCAUUACUUGUUUUAUUUUUCAGUACUGUUUUGGGUAUCACCGCGGUAUUAAAUGGUUUGAUUUGGUACUUUGGAGUUAGAUCAGAAGCUAGAGCAUUGGAAGAAGUUCAAAUGGAAGUUGAAGAUAAUUUAACUUCUUUGAAAGAUGAAUAGAUCACUACUCUUAUAUCGUAAGAAUUAUCACAAACUAAAACAAAAUAUACCUUAUUAUAACUAA